ACAGCCUCUGCUGGUGGCCUUGUGUUUCAGGCAAGUGCAGCUGCCUGCCUACUUCUCCUAUAGUGUGCCUGACAGACACUUGCCUGUCUGAUCGCAGGUCUGUCCAUCCCUGGGGCGGCCAACUGGCCCCAGCCCCAACCCCAGCCAUGCCCUGUCUCUGUCUGGCUGCCCCAGCUCUACUGACUCCCUCUAUGUGAGCCCUGCCUAAAUGCCCGGCUGGCCUUCAGCCCCAGGACUGUAUCAGUGGUGACUCCCUUAGAUUCUGGACUUGCACCCGAUUAGUCUCCUGGCCACCUCCUUAAAUCCACACCUCCCACCAUCACUCGAGUCCCACUGUGACUCCCAGCUCCAAGAGGUCACCCGAUUGCACCAGUCUGAGGAAUGACAUUCUGAGGAGGACUGUAAAGAACUAGGUCUGGGACACAGCAUGCCACAGGGCCCGGCUGCUCCCUUGCUCCUGCUGAUCCUCCAGGGAGCUUGGGGCUGCCUGGACCUCACCUGCUACACUGACUUCCUCUGGACCGUCACCUGUGUCCUGGAGACAUGGAACCUCCACCCCAACACACUCACUCUCACCUGGCAAGAUGAAUACGAGGAACUGCAGGACAAGGAAACCUCUUGCAGCCUGCAUAGGUCAAGCCACAACGCCACACAUGUGCAGUACACAUGCCACAUGCCCUUGUCUGGAUUCAUGGCCGAUGAUGUUUUCGUUGUCAACAUGAUGGACCACUCUGGCAACAACUCCCAGGAGUGUGGCAGCUUUGUCCUGGCUGAGAGCAUCAAGCCAGCUCCCCCGUUCAAUGUGACGGUGACCUUCUCUGGACGCUAUGUUAUCUCCUGGCACUCAGAUUAUGAAGAACGUGCCUUCUACACGCUGAGGGGCAAGCUACAGUAUGAGCUGCAGUAUCGGAACCUCAGAGACCCCUAUGCUGUGAGGCCGGUGACCAAGCUGAUUUCAGUGGACUCAAGGAACGUCUCCCUUCUCCCUGAAGAAUUCCACAAAGGCUCUAUCUACCAGCUGCAGGUGCGGGCAGCACCCCAGGCAGGCACUUCAUUCAGGGGGACCUGGAGUGAGUGGAGUAACCCUGUCAUCUUUCAGACCGAGGCUGAGGAACCCAAGGCAAACUUGAACCGGCACCUGCUGCUGCUCCUGAUUGUCUUGGCCCCUGUCCUGAUUUUCAUGGGUCUGAAGAACCACCUGCCUUGGAGAUUAUGGAAGAAGGUAUGGGCACCAGUGCCCAGCCCUGAGAGUUUCUUCCAGCCCCUAUACAGAGAACACAGCGGGAACUUCAAGAAAUGGGUGGAUACCCCUUUCACGGCCUCGAGCCUGGAGCUGGCACCACAGAAUCCCACAGCAACCUCCGUUCUACAAGUGCAUGACAGCUGUUCGUCAUCAUACCCAGUCAAGGGAAAGAAGUUCCUGGGGCCACCGAGUCUGGAAGAGCAGCUGGAGUGUGACGGAGUGUCCGAGCCUGGCCACUGGUACACAGUUCCCUUGGCAGCUGUCCCAGGGCACUCAGCCUACAGUAGUGAGGAGAGAGACCGGCCGUAUGGUUUGGUGUCCAUCGACACAGUGACUGUGGGGGAUGCAGAGGGCCCAUGUGCCUGGCCCUGUAGCUGUGGGGCAGAUGAUGGCUAUCCAGCCCUGAACCUGGAUGCUGGCCCAGAGUCUGGCCCUAAUGCUGAAAAUCUGCUCUUGGUUACAAACACCACCUUUCUGUCAUGUGGCUGUGUCUCAGGUGGUGGCCUCAGGUUGGGAGGCUCCCCAGGCAGCCUCCUGGACAGGUUGAGGUUGCCCCUUGGUGAGGAAAGGAACUGGACAGCAGGCCCACCCUGGAGAACUGGGUCCCCAGGACGGGGCUCCGAGAGUGAAGCAGGUUCACCCCCUGGCCUGGACAUGGAUACUUUUGAUAGCGGUUUUGCAGGCUCAGACUGUGGCAGUCCCGUGGAGAGUGACGAAGGGCCUCCUCGCAGCUAUCUCCGCCAGUGGGUGGUCAGGACUCCUCCACCCGUGGACAGUGGAGCACAGGCCAGCUAGCAUACAAUAGUUAGCUGUGGUGAGAAGAGGCCAGAAGACUGUAGUGGCUGGGUGGGCCUUUGAGCCUGACAUUUACAGUGUGAAUAUGGGGGUAUGUGUGUGUACAUGUGCGGCUUGAUUAUGUGUUAGCACAUCCAUAUGUGAGAAAUGCCUGUACAUGCGUCUUGUUCACUGUCAUACCCGUGUAUGUCUGAGCUCAUUGUGUGCAUGCAUGAGUGUAGGUGUUUCUUAGACUCUUCCCUUGCAGACAUGUGGGGUGGCCACAGUCAGUGUCAAGAGACUGGUCCAGAUUGCUGCCCCAGGGCACUAUCACAAAAUCCAGGCUUACCAGGUACCAUCUCCGGAACCUGUGAAGUCAGGGCUGUUACUGUCUUCUCUCCUUGGGCAGGGGAUAGAGUAAUGCCCAUUGGAGUAGGAAGGUUGGGGGAACCUAGGGAUGUAGCUGUGAACCCCAGCUUUGGUGGCUCCAGGCCAUGCAACCUGAAGAAGCCACUUCGGAACCCUGCUGACUUUGCUUUCCUGGACAUUAGAAUGGCACAGCUACCCUACCUCAGCCUUACACAGCUUGUAUUCCCUUUCAGCUUCUUGACAUUUGUGGCUUCUAGGACCAGGUGAAUGCCAUGAGGUGGGAGGAUGAAAAAAAAAUCAGCCUAUACCCAUCUCAUAGCCUGGUUAUCUGUGGAGAAUCCUGCCAAGGGCACUGAGUGGGUUUCUGGACUGUGAUAUACACAGUCUGGUCUCUCAGAAGCAGUACCACCAACCAAGGCUUUUUGUUGUUGUUUUGUUUGUUUUGGGUUUUUUGUUUGUUUCUGAUUUUUUUCCUGGCUUAUUAAAAAUUGCUCUAAGUACUCAGGGAAUUUAUCAAGUGUCAGGCAUGGGAAGAGGGUACAGAGGACAUAACCCACAGGACCCUCAAUGUCACACCCACAGAGUGCAGGGGACACAAAGGAGCCAUCAAGAAGUAGUUUCUAGGGUUUGGAGAGAUGGCUUAGUGGCCACUGGCUGCUCUUCCAGAGGACCCAGGUUCAAUUCCCAGCACCACACAAGGAAGAUCACAAUUGUCUAUAACUCCAGUUCCAGGGAACCUUAAACCCAUGGCAAAAACACUAAUGCAUAUUAAAAAAAAGAAAGAAGGAAGGAAAGAAAGAAAGGAAGAAUGAAAGGGAGGAAGGAAGGACAGAGUAGCUCCUGGGCACUCUGCAUCCAGUACCUGCUCUUCCUCUGCCUGUUCUUGGUGUCAUAUUAAUCCUGGGGACUUAGGGAAGAUGCCCUUGCAUCCAGUGACUCCUGUGAGCAUGCUGUGUGAGGAGAAGCUGAGAAGUAUGUGGUGGUAUUGGAACAUUCCUCACUGGACACCAGUAUAGGAGCUAGACAGUGCUAUGAUUGCUUAACCCUCUUGUCUUAUUUCUCUUCCCUUCAUCCCUUUGCUUCCUCCUCCUUCCCUCCUUUAUCCUUUGUCCUUUUCUUCUUGAACACUCUGUUCUUCCUGCAAGGGUGCCUACCUGAGACGUGGGGUGGUAUUUGCAAAACCAGUCCAAGGUUGAGGCAGUGGAGAGCCUGACCUGCUCUGGACACUGUGGGAAACCUCCAUCCUGGCUGCAACUCCAGGGUGCAGCAUCUCCCCUCAGUGGCUCAGAGAGAGGCUGUCUGUCUGUCAGUCUACAGAGCUGGACUGGAAAGCAAUCAGCAGAAAUCAGCCAAAAGUUCCUCGGCCUCACACAUAAAACAGGGUAGCUACUAGAGUCACUUAGGGUAUGCAUGAAUGUCCUCAGCAGCCAACUCAGGGCUGGAAAGUUCUGGAACACUGGUAGUUUCAACAGUGAGACUGCACCUAGGACCAGGGCAUGUGAGGCUCUCAGACCAGCAAAAACCACAGCUCCUUUCCUUCACGUGCAUAGAGCCCCACCCUGCUGCACUCCCCCUCCCCAGACACUCAGACCAAAGUGUGCUGUGGUUUUCACAUCCUCUGGGAGCCACAGACUGCAGGUGCACUUGGCAGCUCUCCAGGGAGCCAGUUCAGUCCCCCAGCAGGACUGGGGGGCUGGGCAGGAAGAACAUUCAGGGCUGACAUGCUGCCCCUCACUGGCUCCAUUUUUGAAGGAACAGCCUGUGAACAAACAUGGAUGCAAAGUUGGAGGCAAGAGCUGGACCCCUAGUAUGAGUUACUAGUGGGUGGACAGGAAGAGGGUGAAGGGUUUGAAGGAAUGACAGCUGGAUGGAAAGACAACACACUGCACAAGAGUGGGUGGAUCAGAUAUCCUCUAUGAAGCCAGCUGCUGUCUGCCCCCAGUUUAUCCCCAUCCCUGCACACAACAGGUGCUUAAUAAAGCUUUAA